CGCCUCCACCAGGUCGGCGGACGGAAACGUUACCAUGGAAACCACAAAGCUGCCAGCCAAGUUCCAGACGCCACUGGUGGGCGGGGCUAAAGCCAGCAGGUAUGGGGGUCCUGGCCUUGGCUCCGCCCCCAUCUCAGAGAGGAAGAAGGACCGGCAGCGCUAUCAGCAUGGGAACCGCUGCCGUUACUAUGGCUACCAUGGUUUCUACGGCGACAGCCACGAGGGGCGGGUGGGGGCGGAGCCUGACCCGCGGCUCCACCUCCUGGAAGCCGAUUGGUUCAGAGACCGGACGGUUCUGGACGUGGGCUGCGGCGCCGGUCACAUGACCCUGGCCAUCGCCAGGAGGUUUAACCCCGCCCACAUCCUGGGGGUGGAGCUAGACGAGCGGCUGGUCCACGCCGCCAGGCAGAACGUCCGUCACUUCCUGUCACAUGACCUGGUGGCGGCACACAGACAGGAAGUGAUGCGGCCMCCCCUCCCCGUCUCCUUCAGGGUCAGUCGGGGUCCUCUCUCGGCUCCGCCCCUUCUGCCACCAUCAUCAUCCUCCUCCAGGUUCCCCAGCAACGUCACCUUCAUCCAGGGCGACUACGUGUCUGAGGGGGAGGCGUGGCCUGGGCGGGGCCAUUAUGACGUCAUCAUGGCUCUAGGCGUCACCAAGUGGGUCCAGCUGCAGUCAGGUGACCGGGGCGUGGUCCGGCUGUUCAGACGGACCUAUCAGAGCCUGGCGCCGGGCGGGACGCUGGUCCUGGAGCCGCAGCCCUGGAGCGGCUACGGCCGC